GAUUAAUAAUUAACUAAAAUGGUGCUAUUUAAAUUAAGUUUAGUUUUUUUAGUUGCUUUUAUAGGAAUUGAGAGCGUUUAUGGUAAACAAGGUAUAGGUCCAGGUGAGCAAGAUUGGGGCUAUGUGACUGUACGAGAAGGUGCCCACAUGUUCUGGUGGUUGUACCACACAACCGCCCCUGUAUCCGACUCUGCAGAGAGACCCUUAGUUGUCUGGUUACAAGGCGGACCUGGUGCCAGUUCAACUGGCUAUGGAAAUUUCGAAGAAUUGGGCCCGUUGGAUAUAAACCUCAAUGAACGUAAUUACACUUGGGUUAAAGAAAUGAACGUGUUGUUCAUUGAUAAUCCUGUAGGAUCAGGCUUCAGUUACACAGAUAAAUAUGAGCAUUUUACAAAAAAUAACCAUGAUAUUGCAAUGGAUUUAGUACAACUGAUGCACGUUUUUUUUAAAUUGCAACCAAAAUUUAAAACCGUACCAUUCUAUGUUGUAGCAGAAUCAUAUGGUGGAAAAAUGGCAGCAGAAUUCGUCUACGAAUUAUAUAACGAAAUACAAGCUGGAAAAAUCGAAUGCAAUUUGAAAGGAGUUGUUUUGGGUGAUUCUUGGAUAUCACCAAUGGAUUCUGUAUGGGCCUGGGCGCCCUAUUUAUACAACAAUGGCAUAGUUGAUAAAAAAGGCUACAAUGCUAUAAUGGAAGCAGCAAACGAGACCCAAGAAGCAUUUGAUGAUAGAGACUUUGAAGAAGCCACUAAUAAAUGGGCUUAUACAGAAUACGUUAUUAUGAAUUAUACAAGUAAUGUUGAUUUUUAUAACAUACUUGAGAAGGUGUCCGAAAGAAAUAAGAGAGCCUUGAUGGAGGCCUUUGAAUCAAGUACUAGAGAUGGUCUUUUCGAGUUAAUGGCGAACUACGGACGACGAGCUGCUGAUCCUUUAAAUACCUUAAUGAAUGGAUUAGUUGCAGAAGUCCUCGACAUACCCAAAGAUGUGAGGUGGGGACAACAGAGUAGUCAAACCUUUCAAGUUUUGAAAGGAGACUUUAUGAAACCUUGCAUUGAAAUGGUUGAAAAUUUGCUUAACAAAACCGACUUAGAAGUUGUGGUAUUCACAGGCCAAUUGGAUUUAAUUGUUAAUACACCAGGAACUAUAAAAUGGGUAUCCAAAUUGCGCUGGCCCGAAAAAGAACAGUGGUCAGAAUCAAUUAGAUAUCCUUUGACGGUAAAAUCGAUUGUAGAAGGUUAUUAUCAAAAAUACGGACGAUUUAGCCUUUAUUGGAUUAACAGAUCAGGACAUAUGGUGCCAAAUGAUAAUCCUGCAGCUAUGGGAAAGAUCUUGAGAGAUCUUACUUCGUAUGGAUAGAAAAUGAAUGUUCAGCAAUGACGAU